UCUCAACAAGGUACAUUUCAUACAACUGUGGUGAAUGGCCAGCCAGCGGCACCUAAAGAAUUUCCCUACAUGGCUGCUGUGGGUUGGCUUUCCAACAAUAAUAAAGGCAAUUCCUUUUUCUACUGCGCCGGCGUAUUAAUAUCGCCGCAAUUCGUGUUGACAGCAGCGCAUUGCACGGGCUUGGGCGGACAAUCGCCUACAGUGGUACGAGUGGGCGGCACUAAUAUCACCGAUCCGCAAACACCAAAUAUACCCAUUAAGAGAAUCAUAGUGCAUCCAGGUUAUAGGAGCGGUGCAUCUUAUAAUGAUAUUGCAUUAUUGGAAUUGGCACAGGAAUCAAGAGAAACUCCAGCUUGCUUGUGGAACCAGUACGAUGUACCACAUAACAAUGUAACAGCUCUCGGUUAUGGGCACACGCAAUUUGCUGGCACCAGCUCCAAUGUUUUGCAGAAAGCCACUUUAUUUGUUGUACCCAACGACAUUUGUAUACGGUACUAUAUGCCAGAUGAGAAUAUUCUGCAGCAAGGUUUGGCCAGCACACAGAUAUGCGCUGGUGAUCAGGAAAAUCGUCGCGAUACGUGCCAGGGCGACUCUGGCGGUCCGCUGAUCAUGAAAGUCGAUCGCGACAUCACCUAUUCGUAUGUAAUUGGUAUAACCUCAUUUGGACAGGCUUGUGGCGGUGCACCACCAAGCAUCUACUCACGCGUUUCAGCGUACAUCGACUGGAUAGAGGACAUUGUAUGGCCGAUAGCACAGCUGAGUGGUUUCGGAGUGAAUGGUUAAAAUUUUGGCGUAGAGAGAGGGAGAGAGAAGAGAAAUGAUUAUAAUUAUGUAUAAAACUAAGAGAGAAUAUUUGGAAUUUUUAGAUGUAGCUUUAAGUAAAGUACAAUUUGAAAAACUACUAUUUGUAGAUUUGCAGCGCAGA